AUGAUUGGAGUUCACAAAUAUAUAUACCAAAAUUUGCAAAUUUUGGAUGGUCCAAAAUUAUCAGCUGUUAUGAUUGAAUGUCCAGAAAAUAUUGAUGAUAUUUUUGAAGCAAUGAAAUUCGCUUAUAAUUUGAUAAUUAGUUUGAAACCGAACAUUCUUCAAUUGUGAGUUUUUUUUCCAGACUUUUUCAAAAUAGCAUAGUGUUCAUCGAAGUUUUAGAUUCGAAUCCACGUCAUAAUUUCAUAUCACGAUUUUUUUAUUUUCUGAAACUCAAACGUAACAUUGAAUAUAGACCCUUCUACUUAUUUCAACUUCCUACGAAGAUAGAUGAACGAAAAAUUCGAUCGAUCGAGGAAUACGUGGAAAAUAGUGUUUCAAAUAUUUAUGGAUGUAAUCUGAACAUCAAAGUUGUGGAAGACACCAAAGAUCUUAUUGUGUAG